GACAAAAAAUGGAACACACCAGCAGUGUGAGGAGACCUGAAAGUGGCACAUGGCAUGGCAGAGUGUGGCGAUGGAGACAGCAGCAAUGGGAGGCCGUACAGGGACCCAUGAGAGACUGUGGACCUGGCAGCAGCAUGAGGAGGCGGUACAGGGGCCCAUGGCAGAUUAGGGGCCUGGCAGCAGCUAUGGGAGGCCCGUAAAUCUGCCAGCACCCUAUGACAAAAAAUGGAACACACCAGCAGUGUGAGGAGACCUGAAAGUGGCACAUGGCAGAGUGUGGCGAUGGAGACAGCAGCAAUGGGAGGCCGUACAGGGACCCAUGAGAGACUCUGGACCUGGCAGCAGCAUGA